AUGUCCCUGAGCAACAACAUCAUCGCCGCCCUGAAGAGGCUGGCCACCGUGCCUGUGUACGUGGGCGAGAGGCAGACGAUCGACACGGACUCCAUCCUCAUCAGCCCCGGGAAGCUAGACGACCUCGUGGGGGUGUACGAGAGCCUCUACGCGUUCACGCACACUAUCUGGCGUAACCUGCCGGACCCGCCCGACUGCGAGAGGGUGUACGUCAUUAUGUGGAUGAUCAGCGCCGAGAACUACGACGUCAACCACUUCUCGGUGCCGUGGCAGAACACGAGCCCCAACACGUAUAUGCACCUAUGGUCGGCUAUCGACAGAUUCAGGACCAUGAUCGACACCAGCAGCGCGUUCUGGCUCAUCGGGUCGAGGGGGCCCGUGGGCUACGCCGAGUUCAUGAACCUGCCCGGGGCGGCGGACACGCACUUGUACCCGCGCGAAGAGGUGAUGCCGCCCCACAUCGGGGUUUUGUCCAGCAACAUGCAGAGAUGCGUGGUCACCGAGCUGCACACGGACUACCCGUCGUCCUACGACUUCAAGAGGUCCAUGAUGGUGCGCAAGAACGCGCCCGUGAUCGACGUCAGCAGCAUGCACGCGCGCAACAUCAGGAUAAUGAGGGAGAGGAUGGAGCGGAAGACCAGGACCGGCGGGAGUGUGUCCACGCCCUAG